ACAGUUCUUUCUGGUUCUCGAAUCUGAUUGGCUAAGGGCUAUGAGAUAUUGUACUGAUAACGGCACAGUAACCGCUUCACCAUUUUGUAUUAUUCCGCGGCCGUCACAGCUACUUACAAAGUAAACAAACAUGGCGAACGAUAACUUUUUCAUGAACAUAACAUUUGAUAUUAACUACGAAAGCUCGUCAGAUGAAGAAGAGAUUACAGCACCGUUAGCAGAGCAACCUACAAGAAGUGCAGCCGUGACAGCUGCUAAUUUGGACAAUUUAGAAAAAACGAGACACGAAAACAACACUGUGCGCCAAACGGUGUGGACUGUGAAUUGUUUUAAAUCGUGGCUGGCCGAAAAACAGCUCAAUAUCGACCUAAAACGCAUAGAGAAAUCACAAAUGAAUUCAGUGCUGCGGGAUUUUUAUGGCUCCAUUCGGACCAAUAAGGGAGAACUGUACGGUAUUAGCAGUUACCCGAGUCUUCGUUCGGCGCUAAAUCGCCACAUUAAUGAACCUCCUUUUAGCCGUGAGUGGAAUUUAAUGCAAGACUCCGAGUUCACUUCCGCUAACAAUGUUUUUAAAGGAGUUGUUAAACAGAUCCGGCGAUCCGGUGCAGACAAAACAUCACACUACCCACCGAUGUCCUUUGAAGACCAGCAAAUACUAAAGCGAUCUGGUGCACUUGACCCUGGCCACCCGAAAGGUUUAUUAAACAAGGUGUGGUAUGACAUUCAGUUACACUUUGCACGAAGAGGGAAGGAGGGAAAUCGACAGCUUAAGCCAGACUCGUUUGAACUGAAGAGAGACGAAAAUGACACAGAAUAUUUUACGAUGACAUUUAAUGAGGAAACAAAAAACCACAAAAACCCCCUGGAGGUCGACAGGGAAAACAGAAGGGGGGCUAUGUUUGAAGAGCCCGGUAACCCCAUGUGUCCAGUUUCUUCACUAAAGAAAUAUCUUCGCAAAAUACCACCUGAUGCAAAAGCACUCUACCUGCACCCAAAGAGGAGAUUUGAUGCUAGUGACGACAUCUGGUACAGCACUGUUCCUUUGGGUGUAAAUCAGUUGUCCCAAAUGCUCUCGAGAAUGUGCAUAGAAGCCGGUACUCAGUCUCACUAUACGAACCACAGCAUCAGGGCUACUGCAAUCCAAAAACUGUCCGAUGCAGGGCUCCAAGCCAGAGAGAUCAUAGCCAUCAGUGGACACAGGUCAGAAACCUCUCUGAAAUCCUACUGGAGACCAUCACUACACAGAAGAAAACGCUGGAGUGCAGUACUGGCAUCAAAUGAAAUGGAAACCACACCAGAAAAGCAACCAAAAGCAGCAAAGACUUUAUCUCCAAAUAACUAUUUCACGGGAUGUACAAUAAACGGCAAUGUACAAAUAAAUGUAAACAAUGGUUCCGAGAACCACUCGAAUUAGAUCAGAAAUGUAUUAAAUCAAAUUGCUAAAGAAAAAAAUACAUAGAAAUGAUAUAUGUUGAUGUUUUCUGCCGAUGACUUUUCUUGGUUAUUGAAAAAAAUAACAAACUUAUCCUUGACUGGAAAAAAUAAUUAAAAGAAUAUAUAUAAAAAAUAACUUAUUUGAUGUUAUUUAUGAUAUGUUGAUUACUCGGUUUUAUUGUAUUAAUGAAAAAAUAAAUAAAUUUGACCUUAAUUAAAAAUGUGAGUUCUUUAUUAAAAAUAAAAAAGUUAUGUUAUUUAACUUCAAGCUCCGCCAAAACAAAGACGAUGAAUAAAAGGAACAAGUAAUAGAUUCAUAAGAUCAAAUACUUCUGGUCUGAACCAGGUUUGAACCCAAAACAAAUACAACGUCAUUUUUGACCAUCAGACACACCUCAGAGCCAGCGUCACUCUGUGUGUCUCAUAUUAACUAGCUCGUGAAUCCCAAUCGUGAUUAUCCCGUCGAACAUCAGCUCUCUUGGAUGUAAACUUAAAUGGAAUAAUUUCACAUCGUGUGGACGAACAACACUUGGAAUAAAGCAAUGAAAACAGUCUUUUUCCCUGGAGCGAUCUCUCUCUCCUCACGGCCCAAAAACACAGUGGAACUACAGGUAAGGAUAAGUUACUGAUUUAUUUUCGCGUGACAUGACUAACUUAUUAAAACACAUUGUCAGAUAUCAACGUUACUGAUAUUUAUAAGCAGCACGCAAAAACAUCUAUCUGACUUAUGCAAACUUAUGUAGAACUGACAAGAACAAAGUCCAAUAAUAAAGCGAGUCGUGUCGCGUAGUAUAUAAAUAUAGUUUUAUUAACUUUUACCUUGCGCUAAAACAAUAACAACACAAAAGACACUAAAUAUUAAUAAAAAACAAGUAAUAGUGUCAUGACACCAAAUAAUGCUGGUUUGAUCUCGUUUUUGACUAUCAAACACAGAGAGGCCAACAUCAGAGCCAGGGAAUCCAUGUCAGAGGUGUAGCCCAGAUAGGGCGGUGGUCAGCGGGGCGAGUGAACACUGAUGUCCGCUCAUGCUUUGGUUUUCAUUCGUACCGAAUCUCACUAAGCAAACGUUCAAACAGGCGCUAUCUUUACUAAUCGACUGCAGAUUUA